AUGUCGAACCAAGAUUCAGACAAGAUCGAUACUGGAGUUAUCAAGCACGAUGCCGUCGACAAGAUGUUUUGUGAACCAGAGGGACCGACUCAAUUGGCGUACAAGGCCGCUGAUAGACUCAUGAUGACGGACUUGCAGAACGAACUCGUCAGCAAUGACCUGAGGAUGCUGAGAAACCAUGAUAUGCGCUGGACAUUGGUGGAUGUCUUCGGCAUGGGGAAGUUGGAGCUGGACCACACACCAUAUUAUCAGUUGAUAUUGAAGAGUGCUGUCCACGCAAUCAUGGCCAUGCCACCGAAAGAGGAAAUUGCUAAUGAAGAGAUCACCAAGUUAUCGGACUGCCCAUCGGCUAUGGCGGACGUGCUUCGACACAUCAACAAGUACAAUAGAAAGCCCUGGCAACACGUCGAAACAGGAGAUUGGUGUGAGUAUCAUAUCCACGCCAAUGGAAACAAACGCAAUGCCGCCAAGUCCUGA